UAAUACAUUUCUAACUCUUGAGAGAAACCGCGGAAGAAGAAACUUUAUUGGAACCCUUGAGGAGCAAUUUCUGGAGAUUUAAGAUCAUAUCCUUCGCUAUUGAGAUCAUCAUUUGAGAGAAUUCUGGGUUACUCUUGGACCGCAAGAAUGUUUCCAAUGAGGUUCUGGCUAGCUGUGCUAUUGAUGGUGUUAGCAACUACUGUGGAGGCCAAGCCUCGUCGAAUUCUUUUGGACACAGAUGUUGACACUGAUGAUGUAUUUGCUCUGCUCUACCUUUUGAAGCUCAACAGAUCAGAGUUUCAAUUGGAGGGAGUCACAAUAAAUGCAAAUGCUUGGACCAAUCCCGGGCAUGCUGUGCACCAAGUUUAUGACUUACUUUACAUGAUGGGGAGAGAUGACAUAGCAGUAGGAAUGGGGGGUGAGGGUGGAAUUCUCCCAAACGGUACCAUACUCCCAAAUGUUGGUGGAUAUCUUUCAAUUAUUGAACAGGGAAUGACAACAGCAGGAGGCUGCAGAUACAGGCAGGCCAUUCCUAUGGGCAUUAAAGGGCUCUUGGAUAUUGAUACUAGCUAUGGCAUCCGGAAAGCUUUCCUUCCACAGGGGAGAAGGAAGUAUACUCCUCUUCGACAACCAACUGCUCAGGAAGUGCUGAUUGAUAAAAUAUCUGCAGGUCCAGUAACUUUGAUUAUGAUAGGAGUGCAGACAAACAUAGCAAUUUUCCUCAUGAAAAAUCCACACCUAAAGAAAAAUGUGGAGCAUAUUUACAUCAUGGGUGGUAGUGUGAGGUCAAGAAACCCAACUGGUGACCGUGGCAAUUUAUUCUCAAAUUAUAACGCGAACCCUUAUGCAGAGUUCAAUAUAUUUGGUGACCCUUUUGCAGCAUACCAGGUGAUUCAUUCUGGUAUACCUGUUACCCUUGUUCCUCUUGAUGCAACUAACACAAUCCCCAUCACUGAAGCAUUCUUUGCUGAAUUUGAAAAGAGUCAAGACACAUAUGAGGCACAAUACUGUUUCAAGUACUUGAAAAUGGCUAAAAUGUCUCGUGAGACUUGGGUUGACAGCCAAUUCUAUAAGAGUUAUUUUUUGUGGGACUCCUUCACAUCUGGUGUAGCAGUCUCAAGCAUGAGAAACUCCAAUAAAAAAAAUAUAGAGGAAAAUGAAUUUGCUGAAAUGGAGUACAUAAACAUAACUGUAAUUACUUCAAACAAACCCUAUGAUAUAUCUGAUGGUUCCAAUCCAUUCUUUGAUGGCCUCAAAGUUCCUAAAUUCAACCUAAAGAAAGGUGGGGUGCAUAGUGGUCAUGUACAACAAGGACUUAGUGAUCAAUUUUGCUUUGUGAAGAAUGGGAAAGGAAGAUGUCAGGACGGUUAUACAGCUGAGGUGAAUGGUCCUGACUCAGUGAAGGUACUUGUCGCCACUAAAGCAAAGCCUAACCGAGAUGUUAAGAGUCCACUUGACAGAGAAUAUUUCAAAAGCUUCUUGAAUGUUCUAAAGCAACCACAAUAUGCUGGGAGGUUCAACUUCACUACAGAAUUUCCUUACUACGAAGAAGUAACUUACAUGCCAGAUUUUCAAAACAAAAUACUGGGGAAACCUGUUGUGUUUGACAUGGACAUGAGUGUAGGAGAUUUCCUUGCUCUAUUUUACCUCCUUAAAGUUGAUGUUGAAGUGAUAAACCUCAAGGCAAUCAUUGUGAGCCCAACUGGGUGGGGAAAUGCUGCAACAAUAGAUGUGAUCUAUGACUUACUGCACAUGAUGGGUCGUGACGAUAUCCCAGUUGGUCUUGGUGAUGUUUUUGCAAUGAACCAGUCAGACCCAAUAUUCUCACUCGUUGGAGAUUGCAAGUAUGCUAAAGCUAUUCCCCACGGAAAUGGUGGCCUUCUUGACUCUGACACUCUUUAUGGACUAGCUCGUGAUCUGCCACGUGGCCCCAGAAGGUAUACAUCUGAAAACUCCGUGAAGUUUGGGGCUCCUGGGGAUACCGAUCACCCUGGACUAAGGCAACCACUGGCUAUGGAAAUUUGGGAGUCUGCAUUGCAAACAAUGGAACCAGGAUCCAAAAUUACAGUGUUAACCAAUGGACCCUUAACUACUUUGGCAAAGGUUGUAUCAGAUAAAAACAUAAGCACAAGAAUUGAGGAGGUUUAUGUUGUGGGGGGACACAUCAGCAGGAAUGCCUGUGACAAAGGAAAUAUCUUUUCUGUUCCUUCCAACCGAUAUGCAGAAUUUAAUAUGUUUCUGGAUCCUUUAGCAGCCAAGACAGUGUUUCAAUCACAAGUUAACAUCACACUCAUUCCCCUCAGUGUUCAGCAUCAAGCAAGUUCGUUUUCAAGUAUGUUAUGCUGGUUGCGUAGGACACAAAAAACACCUGAAGCUGUGUUUUCCAAACGUGUCUUAUUAAGGCUACAACGUCUGAAGCGAAUCCACCAUAGAUAUCAUCACAUGGACACAUUCUUAGGGGAGAUUCUAGGUGCGGUAGUCCUAACUGAUGGCUCUUCAAGUCUAGAUGCAAAAUUUGACGCCAUGCCCAUUAAAGUAUUGGCCCAAGGGGAUGUAUCCAUAGAUGGGAAAAUGGUGGUGGAUGAGAAACAUGGAAAAUUAGUAAGAAUUUUAAGCCACAUGAAUGCCAAGGCUUAUCAUGAGAUAUAUGCAAACAGGCUAGGUGACUGGAACCAAUCAGCGAAGGUAGGAAGCUUUGAAGAACAGAGAAGGAAAUGGAGUCACCCACAUGAUACAAUCUAGAGGGAACUUGUUCAUGAUUCCCUGUUAAAAGUAGCACAUCUUUUUCUUAUUCUAUACACUAAAUAGCUUUUUGUUGUGUGGUUGAUAUUCCUCCAAGUGUCCAUGUAGACUUUCAAGUUUAAUUAUAAGAAACUUAGGAAUAGCAUAAAUACUUAAAAAGAAAAUACAAGAGACUAAUACACUGAUUUUGGCCGUCAUCUUGUAAUUACUUUUUAUAUUCCAACGUCAUCUUGUAAUUACUUUUAUAUUCCAACAUGAUAAUUGUACCGACCACCAACUUUGGAUGAGACAAUGUACUACAACACAUUAUAAAUUUGAUAUCUAAAACAUGAAAAGGAGCAUAAA